AUGUACGCUAUCACGCAAGUCUUGCAAAAUCUCCUGCACCGAUAUCUCAAAGACCCACCGACGGAGCCUACAUACAACGAUGGGCUGCAACCUCAUUGCAUAUCGCCCAGGGCGACACUACAUCUCUUUGAAAACCUCCAUCCUUCCUAUGAUCCAUCGACAGAGUGGUUAGAUGGCCGAACCCCUCCAUAUCCCCAUUUCGAUAAUGCGGCAAGAAUUCGGCUCCAUGUCAAAGCCGUGAAGGGUGCCCUUCUUAAGUAUAUCUUAGAAGGGUGCAAGAUUCUCUUGGAGAGGCAAGAUAAUCACUCGCUACUCUCCUCGAUAGACCAAGAUGAACGGCUGUGGGUGGCAGCGAUAUCUGUCCACAAGUAUGGAGUCUUAUACUUCGCUGCUCGCUGGGAGUGCCGAGAAGAGUUUCUGUCGAUAACAGAGUCCAACCGCCAGCUCUUCAAUAGAAUCAACGGCUUUCUCUCGUGCGAUAGUAACUCCAACAGGGCAAUAAAUUAUGGCGUCCAUCGGCUUGUUAACAGUUCGGAUUUAAAUGUCGAUUACCAGACCAAACUUAUUCCCCCAACUGCUAUAUCAGCAAUUGGCAUCAACCACAUCGCGGUUCGGGCAAAGGAUUAUGAAGGAGAAAGCAUCCGGCUGCUGGACCAACCCUCUGUACUGUGGGAUCUCCAUGACUUUGCCCAUCUUUCUGCAGCGUCCGUGGCCCCCGAGUUAUACGGGUCUAAGUACUUCACAGAUCUCAUCAAACUACCAUCCAAGCUCACAGCCUUGAUCCGGAGCCCAAAGAUGCACACCGCAGAGCCCAACCCUCUAUACUCAGACGGGGUCAUCUUCAGCGAGCUUCUCACCGUGCUAUUUACGGCUGAGAUAGAAACGGUACAAAAUGGGAAGAAAAAGCAUACCUACGAAUCCCUCACCGAUACUUUGGCCGAGCACAUUGCGGACUAUCUCCUGGCGCAGCGUGCGCUUCAGCACUUGACCACAGGUCGAAUGUUGAAGGCGACAAGUCCCAUAUCGGCCAUCGAGCUGGCGACACUGGUGCAAAAUAAGGCGUAUGAGCUGACGGCCAGCGAGAUAGAACAGCGGGUGUUCACGCGAGGCGGUCCUGCUGGCGAUUCGACGGAUGAACUGGAUGGACUGCCUGCAUUUGAACGGAUCAAGUUUCUGGCAAGCUGUCGGCGAUGGCUGUAUUUUGAGAUUCGAAAUACCAUCAAACAUCGCGCCCAACGAUUGGCGUAUCAGAAAGUGGCCGAGCGUAUGCUUGCUCAAGAUGGGGAGCUGUCAAUUGCGUGCAGCGACCGUGCUCUCUUGACUAGUAUUCUUGAUAAUAUUCGCUAUCAGGGGUGGGAAAAUAACAGCGUGGUGAAUCUUUGGCAAAUGAUCAAGGAUUCGGGGGUUUAA